GAGAGGCAUCAUGGGAGUUUGCAGGCCUCCGAGGGAUCAUGGGAGUUGUAGGAAAACUCCAAGGAGCGUCUCCCUAUGUCAUGGCUGCCUUACGUUCGAGAUGCUGCGAAGACAACUAAUCACUCCUAACCAAAUGCCCACCAACAAUACAAAUUUUGCCCUCUUUGCAUAGCUGGCUGAGGAGUCGAGUGGUGCACCUUUGCUUUCAGCAAUGGCCAGAAGUGGUGAAGAAAGUCAGCUGCAGAGGAUUAUUCGGGAUUUGCAGGAUGCUGUUACAGAACUGAACAAAGAAUUUACAGAAGUAGGAGAACCAAUUACAGAUGACUGUAUUAGUUUGCACAAAUUUUCCUACAAGCUAGAAUACCUUUUGCAAUUUGACCAGAAAGAAAAGUCCAGCUUACUGGGCAACCGGAAAGACUACUGGGAUUAUUUUUGCGACUGUCUGGCAAAGGUUAAAGGAGCCAAUGAUGGAAUACGCUUUGUGAAAUCUAUUACAGAACUGAGAACAUCCCUUGGUAAGGGCAGGGCGUUUAUUCGUUACUCCUUAGUGCACCAAAGGCUUGCAGACACUUUGCAGCAGUGUUUUAUGAAUACCAAAGUAACAAGUGACUGGUACUAUGCAAGAAGUCCCUUCCUGAAUCCAAAAAUGAGUUCUGAUAUUGUUGGUCACCUCUACGAACUCACAGAGGUCCAGUUUGAUCUGGUGUCAAGAGGCUAUGACUUGGACUCGGCAUGGCCCACGUUUGCCAGGAGAACAUUGCCUUCAUUUGGCUCCUCAGCUUACCAGUGGAGGCCUCCAAGCCGCACGUCAAGCAUGAGUAGUUUGGUGAGCAGCUAUUUGCAGACCCAAGAGAUCCCCUCCAGCCCCAAUGGGAAUAGCUUUUUAACUGCUGAGCCUCUGGAGGGCCUUGAUGAGCUACACGUGGAGCUGGACCAGGCAGAACUGCGGCAGAAAGAACUGCAGGAUCAGAUCCAGCAUCUAGAAAAGGAAAACCAGGAGCUCCAGGCGGCCAUCAGCUUUGAGAAGCAGCAAGCGCAAACAGAAAGAGAGAAGAGCAGGAAUAUCAGCGAGGAGAACUCCAGGCUAACGCGAAUGCUGAGGGAGGUGGAGAAACAGCGUGAGAUCUCCCACUGCACUCAGGACACCAUUCAGGACCUGCAGAAGUGCCUGCAGACAUUAGAACUGAAUGCCGUUGAGAAGCAAAAAGAAUACUGUGCAAGGCUGGGGGAACUGGAGUCUGGGAAAAAGGAUUCUGACUCAAAGCUUCUUCUCUUGAACCAAGAGCUGGAAGCUGCAAGGGCUUUGGUGUCCACGAAAGAUGUCCGUAUUAGUGAGCUUCUGGCCGAAUUGCAGUCAGGAGAGCAGAAGAAUGAAGAGCUUGUAGCCAAAGCCAAUGCUCUAAUGAAUGAAAAGGCACAACAAGCCACCAGCCAGUUUGAGUCUGCACUGAAGAUUGAGGAUUUGCUGAAGAAGCUUAAUGAAGCAGAAGAGGCAAAGUUCGAUGCUGAGGAGUUAAAUAAUAAACACCUUUCUCUGCUUAAGAUCACAGAAGAGCAACUCCAGUUAAAGGAGGAGGCACAGAAAGAGUUUGAAUCGAAACUGAGGAGCCUCACUGUCAACUCCAAGGAAGAAUCUGAAAAACUUUGUGGUGAUCUGGAAACUAUGGCAACUGAAAUGGCGGACCUUCAGAAGGCAUUAACAGCAAAGGGCAAUGAGGUGGCUGAUCUUCAAAUCCAGUUGAAAGGUUUGUUGGAUUCCAUAAAAUCCCUGGAAAAAAGCCUUGAAGAGGAAAAGAAAGAGAAGACAAAACUUGAGGGUUUGGUCACGCUGACAAAAACAACAAUGGAAGAAGAAGUAAAGAACACGAUGGAGCAACUUGGGCUUAGGGAAAUCCAGCUUUCAAAACUAAGUCAAACAGUGAAGAGCUUAGAAGAGCAAAAGAGGGAACUUAUUUCUGAAAGAGAGCAUCUCAGAAAGACAAUAGAAAGAAUGGAGGAACAGGCCACAGAGCAAAGCUCCUCACUGAGAAUGAUCUCUGAAGGAAACGAGAAGCUCAAGUCUCAGAAUGCAAAGCUGCAGCAAACCAAUCAGAAGCUAGAAGCGAAGCGAAGAGAGCUGGAUGCCUCUCAAUCUUCUCUGGAGGCUGAGGUUGCCAGACUGAGAGCCUCCGAGAAACAGCUCCAAAGCCAGAUUGAAGAUUCUGUGGUGUCCGUGGAUGAAAAGGAGAAGAAACUCCGGGGACAGAACAAGCUGCUGGAUGAAAACCUGCAGAAUGCCACGAGGCAAAACCACGUUCUGGGAGAAAAGCUGGAUGCCCUGCAGGCUGAAAACGAAGAACUGAAAAAAAGUGAAGAAGCUGCCAAAGAGUCCUUAACUGUGCUGCAAACAGAGCUCCAGAGCACCAAAGAGCAUGGCCUGCAGGUGGAAAAGAGCCUGUCCUCCUCAAGGGAAUAUGAAGGAUCUCUGAAGUUGCAGCUCAAAGAGAAAGAGGAAGCAUUACAAGACUUGGAGAGCCAGUGCAAGGAGCUACAAGGACAGUCGGAGAGGUGCAGGGAAAAGAUGGAAGCCCUGGAGGCAGAAAAGGCAAAUGCAGAAAAAACCUGCCUCCAUCAGACAAAAGUGAUUGAAUCCCUUGUUUCUGAGGAGGCUUCUGUGAAGAAUGCCCAGUUGGAACAGGCAUCUUGUCAGGAGAGAGAAGCCAAAGAACUGGCCUCGAGACUGGCCCUUUCGGAGGAACAGUUGCGUCUCAACCAGGCAGAGGUGUUGAGGCUUCAGGAGGAAAUGGUGGACCUUCAAGGCAAGCUUCGACAGGCGGCAGCAGAGCAGCAGAAGCUGCAGGAAGAGUUGGAUGUUGGAAGGGCUGUUCUGAGCGAGCAAAAGACCCUGGCCCAGCAACUGAAAGAGCAGGGUGAAGUCCUCAACAGACAGCACGUGAAGGAAAUGCUUCGGUGUCGCCAACGAGAGGAAGUGCUGCAAAAGAAUUGGGACCAGGAAGCCCAGCAGAAGGUGGAGCUGGAGAAUAACAUGCUGAGCCUCACAGAGGAGCUGUCCAAGGCCAAGCAGUAUUUGGAAGCAGUUAAUGUAGAAAACGUGGAGAUCAAAGACCUCCUCCACAGGACCAACACGGACAUGGCUGAGCUUGGCAUUCAGAUCUGCAGCCUGACAUCUGAAAAGGCAGAAGCAGAAGAGAAGCUGUCCCGGCUCAUGGAGGAACUCAGAACUGCCAAGGAUAAAGCCACCAGAGAAUGUGAGAAGCUGCAGCUUGAUCUCUCAAGACUCACUCAGGAGAAACAAGAAUUGGAAAGCAAACUGGAAGAGUCUAGGGUUUGCACAGCAGCUCUCCCUAGCCUGCAAACUCAGCUGGAGGUGGCAGAGAAGCAUCACCAGAACCUGCAAGAGACCAGCAAAGAGGAGCUUUCUGCGGUCAAAUUUCAACGGAGCACAGAAAUCAUAAACCACCAAACAAAACUUAAGGCUCUCAGUGAAGAUUGUGAAAAAUUAAAGCAGGAAGUUGAACAGCAGAGCCAGGAGGCACAUGUUGCAAAGGAAGCACUCAAAGAACUGCAGGCUGCGAAAAGAGAUCUGUGCACAGAACUGGACCUGGCCAUGGAUCAGGUGACAGAGUACAAAGCAGCCCAGCAAAAAAAGGAUGAGGAGCUGACACAGCUUAAAGAAGACCUAAAAAGGGCUCAAAUGGAAGUCAACAAAGCAAACGAGCAAAUUCAAGACUACUGUGAGAAACUCAGCAAGACGAGAACAGACAAAGAAAGUAAUGAAAGGAAAUUACUGGCUGAACUUGAUGACCUGACAAGAACAAAGCAGUUCCUUGAAGAACGGUUAAUUGAACUUCUCAGAGACAAGGAUGCCCUUUGGCAGAAGUCGGAUGCUUUGGAAUUCCAGCAGAAACUCACUGCAGCACAAAGAUGGCUUGGUGAUGCGGAAGUGAGCUGUUGCCUAGACUGCAAGAAAGAAUUUGGCUGGAUGAAUCGCCGCCACCAUUGCAGAAUGUGUGGGCGCAUUUUCUGCUACUACUGCUGCAACAACUAUGCCAUGUCAAAGCAUACUGGCAACAAGGAGCGCUGUUGCCGAGCUUGCUUUAAAAAGGCAAGUGCCGUCUCAGCUGAUUCUGGAUCAAAUGCAAGCCAAGAAGAACCACCAUCAAGCCUUCUAGCUUCACCAUUGUCCCUGGUCCAUAGAGUUAUGCUUACAAAUGCAGCCUCUAAACCCACAGAUGAUGCCGUGUUUGAUAUAAUCACAGACGAGGAAGUGGGCCAGAUAAAGGAAGACAACUCGGUUCACAAUGAAAGCCAAACUGAAGAAGAAUCUUUGGACCACGGUAUAACCGAUCUAAACAGCACCUAUAAUUCCUCAACUUUCGAUGAGACUGAUGACUUGCAAAUGGCCCAGGAUGCAGAAAUAUGCUUGCUGAAGUCAGGAGAACUGAUGCUAAAGCUGCCUCUAACGGUGGAGGAAAUUCUAAAGUUUGGAGAAGCUAACAGAGAACUGUUCAUUAAGUCAAAUACUUACAGCAUUAUUCCCAUCACUGUGGAGGAAAGUGGCCUUACAAUAAGUUGGGUAUUUUCAUCAGACCCCAAAAGCAUAUCGUUCAGCGUGGUGUACCAAGAAUCAGAAGAUGCUCCUCUGGAUCAGUGUAAAGUUCUUAUUCCCAUGAUCCGGUGCAACUCCCAUAAGGAAACUAUCAGAGGGCAGGUGAAAGUCAGAAAUACUGGUAUCUACAUCCUCAUAUUUGACAACACUUUUUCUAGGUUUAUCUCAAAAAACGUAUUUUACCACUUAUCUGUUCAGCACCCAGUGAUCUACGAUGGAAGUGAUUCUCCAGAUCCUUGAAUGUAAUAUUUAUAUACUGUAUGUUUUCAAAUUACAGUGGUACCUCUGG